CCGUAGGGGCGCGGCUAGGGCUCGUGGAGCUCAUUCAACGCUCCAGGUGUCCCGCUUGGCUCGAGACCAGAACUGUUUGGAUUUAACAGUCCGUGGACGGCCCGAGUCUGAGAGUCCAGUGACCGGACCGUUAUCUAGUGUAAAGGCGAGGCCCAGAGGGUGAGAAGGAGAAGCCUCCCGCCCCGCCCCGCCCAGCCAUGUGGCACACGCUGGUCCUGCUGCUGCUGCUCCCCUCUGCCUUGGUGCCCCCCUCCACGGCAGCCCCGAUCCGUGACGCCGACGCCCAGGAAAGCUCCUCGGGUUUCCUAGGCCUCCAGAGACUGCUACAAGGCUUCACCCGGCUUUUCCUGAAAGAUGACCUGCUGCGGGGCAUGGACAGCUUCUUCUCCGCCCCCUUGGACUUGCGGGGCCUCCCUACGAACUACCACCAAGAAGAGAACCAGGAGCGCCAGCUGGGGAACAGCACUCUCUCCAGCCACCACCAGAUCGACAAGGUGACCGACAACAAGACAGGAGAGGUGCUGAUCUCCGAGAAGAUGGUGGCAUCCAUUGAGACAGGAGAUGGGAGCGUGGAGAGUGACUGGAAGGUACCCAAGAUAGAGGAGAAGGCGGCCCUGGUGCCCCUCCCCAAGGCCAUGGACAGCUUACACCCAGAACCCCACCCCCGAGUGGCCUUCUGGAUUAUGAAGCUACCGCGGCGAAGGUCUCACCAGAGUGCCCCGGAGGGCAGCCGCGCUAUCAGCGAGAAGGAACACCGCCUGCAGGCCAUCCGGGACGGGCUCCUCGAGGGGACCCGAGAGGAAGCCCUGCAGAAAGGGACCCAGGCCGCCCCCCACUUCAAGCCGCCUGCCCGCAAGACGCACUUCCUGUACAUUCUCAGGCCGUCUCAGCAGCUAUAGGUGUGGGGAUGGGAACGCCUGCGUGUACCCACAACCAGACCCCACCCCAAGCUCCAUUUGGAAAUAAAGUUCUUACAUCGAAAA